GCGUUUCUAACCCGUGCUAACUAAACUUUUUUGUCCGACUUUAACGCGUUUCAGGCGGAGUUCAGAUCUUAAAACAUUUGGCCCAACUUCUUCACCUCUCCACUUCUUCGCUCGCAUAUUUGAACCGGGUUACCUUUCCCUCAGUCCGCCUUGGAGGAGCACCAGCCCAUGGAAUAUCUACAUUUUAACACAUAUUUUCAUUUUUAAUACCUUUUUGGGGCUUUUAAAAAAAACACUGUCUUGUUUUGUCACAGUGGGAGCGCUCCCAGGAGUUUUCUGGUUUAUUUAACUUACUUACUUUUUUUUCUUCUUCUGCUUUCUUUUCCUCGUCGGAUUUUCGGGCUGCAUAUGCCAUGUCACGGACUAUUAAAAGAAGAAAGAAAUGUUUGUGAUUAGUUUUGCGGUCGCCGUGCGAAAGUGUUAUUUGAGUUUAUUUUUUUAAACCAGUUGAGCAACUGGCGACAGGACUCUAUAAUCAAUGUGGUGUCAGCUGGAAGGACGCAGGGUCCGGAUCUCACCUAAACGCUGAUACGUCUUGGGAGUGAUGCACUGGCUUCCCCUGGUUGCCAUGGUGAUUGCCUCGGCCCUGCCCUUCCCUCACAACCCCGUGUCCAGGAUUGCCGCCGCGACGACAGAGCCUGGCUUCGACAACCGCAGAGAGCACCGACGACAUGACCCGGCCGCUCGCCUCGCAGCUCCCCCCGCAGACUACGGCUUUCAAGGAAACGCCUCGCAAACGGACUUCGACGUGGCUGCUGCUCUCAGCCAACAACACACCACCACCAACAGACAAAACCUCCAGAACCGUAAGGAUUAUGUGAAAUCCUCCGUACAUGAAGAGACCUCCACGUUCAAAGUGGAGAAUCAAGGAACCUACCAAUCAAAUAGCAACUCAGGCAGCAAUGACAAAAGCAGUGUCAGUUUGGAUGUUCCCACAGAAGCGGGACCGCUCAGGACCGAGGAUAUUUCCAAGGAUAAUUCUCUACCAAAGGACUACAAAGCUGACAGCAGCAGCAGGCAAGAUUACUCCAGUUUUGUGGACUUUUCCAAGAAGGAUGAUCUUCAGGACUCAACAGAUAAACCGUUGCAGGUUUCUGCAGUGGAAAACCUCAACGCUGUCAGUCCUGCUGCACCUCUAAAGGGUCAAAGAGGACCAGAACCGACUGUUUCUUCGGAGCAGCUGAGAGAUUCGUCAACAAUCAGGACGGGGACCUGGCGGACACUGGGAGAUGGGAGAGGUCCAGCUGAGGAGAGCUUGACCCUAGAGGCAGGGCUGGGUAUGGGGACGGGGGUGGACAGCAUCCUAGAAGGAGAUGAGAUGUUUCUGGAUGCGCAUCCACGAGUCCUGUUCUCGCCGUCCCUGUCUCCUCCAGAGCACCCGCCUCUCCUGCUCAUGCUGGAGACCGGUAUGCUGGAGGAGAAUGGGGACGGAGAAGAGCAGGAGGACAUGGACGGACACAUCGAGGGUCACGGGGACCGGGCGAUCGACAGGAGCAUGACUCUGAGUUGGGCCGAUUCUCCCAGAGUCACCGCCGGCGAGGUCGUCCGUCCCGUUAAAAGGGAUAAACGCUCGCACUUGAUAGACAGGCGGCGAGGGGAGAAGUCGGUGUGCGAGUCGGAAAGCGUUUGGGUCACCGACAAGAAGACCGCCAUCGACUCUCAUGGUCGUCAGGUCACCAUCUUGCAGGAAAUCCAAACCCAGACAGGACCACUCAAACAGUACUUCUACGAGACUCGUUGUCGCCAGGCGGAGCAGCAGAGCACCGCCAGCAGGUCGAGGGGAGCUGGCGCGGCCCCGAAAUCCCCGGGGAUGGGUGUAGCCGGGGCCGGCUGCUUAGGUGUGGAUAAAAAACAGUGGUUGAGCGAGUGUAAAGCCAAGCAGUCGUACGUACGAGCGCUCACCAAAGAUGCAAACAACCGAACCGGGUGGAGGUGGAUCCGCAUCGACUCAUCCUGCGUCUGUGUGCUGCUGUCCAGAACCAAUCAGGCACUGGCGAGGGAGGUCUUGACGAGGAACGGUAGAGGCUGAAAGAAAGAGAGAGGGAGGGAGGGAGGGAUAGGGAGGAGGGGGGAGAUGGCAAGAAGUAGAAAGUGACACAGAGCAGAGCAGCGGUGACAUCCCUCUGUGUGCACUUUCGCUCACUGGGUUUCCUUAAAGUGAUGGAAGUUAUUCCUGCCUUAAUCCGCAGUUUUUCUCUCUUUUCCGAUCCCUCCAUCCACCACAGCUUCAAAAGACUUUUGAAAAAAACAAGAAGACCUCAAUACUAGAUCUUAGGGAAAAUUUUCAUUUAUAGAGAUUUUACUUUAAAAAGUACUGUUUUUUUGUAUGAUUUAUCUUUCAUAAUCUAAGUUAUUUUUGAUUAGUAUGUAAGCAUGUGUAUGUCUUUGAUAUUAAUAUAUUCCUUUAUAUAUGUGUACAAUAUGACACCAGUAUACCUUUAUGUAUGAAGCUAUGUAUAUCUGUGUGUAUUUAUAGAAGAAGUGUCUGAUGAUAAUUCCAGCCUCUGGUCCACUCGGGUUGUGAGAGGAAGGAGCGCCACCUACUGAGGCUCCAUUUUACUGCUCCACACUGUUCCCAUAUGGAUUAACCAUGAAUGUUGUUGAACGGUUGUUUUUAGAGUCCGAUAAUUACAGCGUGGGCACAUUUUAGCACGAUUUCCCCCCUCAGGCUGGUGAUCUGACAGUUUUUGAGGCAGGAUUCAUACGUCUCCUGUCUGUGGAGCUUGUUAAAUGUGGUUCAUUAAUGUAAAACCAUCUAAUUUUACCAUCUGCUGGUUUGUUCAAUUUGCCUGCCAAACGUGGUAAUAAAGGAUCUUUGUACUCA